AUGGCGGCGGCGGCAGCGGCGGCGGCGGCAGCGGCAGGCGCGGGGGAGGCGAUCACCGGGGAAGCGGCGACGGGGCAGUCGAUUGGGAAGUCCAGCGUCCAGUCCAUCUUCUUCUCCUUGGAUUACGGGCCUGCGCCGGAGAGCCCUUCCACCGCGCUGGCCUGGCUGGAAACCCAGGGCCCAAAUCUGGGCCACUUUGUGAACGGGAAAUGGCUGAAACCUGACGGUCAAGGCACCAUCACCUGUAGGGACCCAUCCUCAGGCGAGUUCCUGGCCAAUUGCUUCCAGGCCAAGAAUGAGGAUGUGGCUUUGGCUGUGGAUGUGGCAAAGCGGACUUUUGAAGAGUGGAGCCAGCUUUCUGGGGCCACUCGUGCCCAGCACCUGAUUAGGCUGGCAGAUGCCAUCCACAAGCACCAGAAGCUUCUGUGGAUUCUUGAGUCACUCACAUCAGGCCGAGUGGUGCGUGAGAUCCGGGAUGGGGACAUCCCUCUGGCCCAUCAGCUGCUGCAAUACUAUGCAUGCUGGGCCCAGACUCAGGAGCAGGCUCUGUCGGGAUGGCAGCCCAUAGGAGUGGCCGUCAUUGUCCUCCCGCCGACAUUCUCCUUCAUCGAGAUGAUGUGGAGGGUCAGCCCGGCUCUGGCCGUGGGGUGUACGGUGGUGGUCCUCGGCAGCCCAACCUCUGUGACCUCACUCCUUGUGGCCCAGCUGAGUGAAGAGUCCGGCCUGCCUCCGGGCGUCCUCAAUGUGGUCAUGGGGGCCACCUCCCUGGAAACCUUGCUCCCCUCGCUGUCUGGCAUCGCCAAGAUCUCCUUCUGUGGGACUGUGGAGGAAGGGAAGGCCCUGAGGAAGGCCCUGGCUGGGAGCAGCGCCGACCUGUCCCUGAACCUGGGCGCAGAGUCUCUGAUGGUGAUCACCGACACAGCAGACCUGGACUCGGCGGUGGAAGGGGUGGUGGAUGCGGUCUGGUCUGACCGCAGCUCGGGUGGGCUGUGGCUGCUGGUGCAGAUGUCCGAGUGGGAACGGACGCUGUGGAGACUUAAGGCCCGCAUGGGCGGGCUGCGUCAGGGCCGGAGCCUGGACUGGGGCAUGGACAUGGGCAGCCCCGGGACCUCCGCCUGGGAGAAAGCCCAGAGCUACAUUCAGGAAGCCCAGAACCAGGGAGCCCAGGUAUUCCAGGUUGGAAAUGCCUCCCAAAAGAGCCCUUUCUUUCCCCCAACGCUGGUCCUGGGUCUGGCCCCAGCAAGCCCGUGUACCCAGAGAGAGGUGCCGUGGCCCGUGGUUGUGAUCUCUCCAUUCCGCACGGCAAAGGAGGCGCUGGCUAUGAUCAACGGCACCCCUCGAGGGGGCAAUGCCAGCGUGUGGAGUGAGCGGAUCACCUUGGCCCUGGACCUGGCCUAUGGGGUCCGAAUGGGCACUGUAUGGAUCAACUCCCACGGACUAAAGGACGCGGUUGCCCCCGUGGGAGGCUGCAAGGAGACUGGGUCAUCCUGGCACGGCGGCCCCGACGGACUCUACGAGUAUCUGUGGCCUGCUGGCCUCCUGCCCCGGCCCGUAGUGCUCCCAGAGGCCAUGGACUACAACAAGUUUGGCCUGUCUGCACCACCCGUCCUGCCCUCUGGCCCCGACACCUCCCCUCCCAGCCAAACUGCCCCCUACGGGAUCUUCUUGGGCGGCCGCUUCCAGAAUCCCUCCAGCCGUAGCUCCAGGCCCAUCCUGGGCUCCAGCGGGACCGUCUACGCACACGUUGCAGAGGGGGGCGCCAAGGAUAUCCGCACAGCUGUGGAAACCGCCCACCAGGCCGCGGCCCUCUGGGUUUCUCAGGCACCAGGGAAGCGGGUGUCAAUGCUGUGGGCCCUGGCCGACGCUCUGUCCCAGAGGAGCCAGGUGCUGGCAGAACAACUGACGGAGGUGAUGGGCAUCAGCAUCACAGAAGCCCAGACUGAAGUGAUGCUGAGCAUUGCCCGGCUACGGGCUUGGGGAGCCCGGGUCCAUGCCCAAGGAGCCGGCCUGCACAGUGCCGGGCACCAAGGCCCUUUUCUGCGCCUCCGAGAGCCCCUGGGAGUGCUGGCCAUCAUCUGCCCAGAGGAGUGGCCCCUGCUCGCCUUCGUGUCCCUCCUCUCCCCGGCCUUGGCCCACGGCAAUGCAGUUAUAAUAGUGCCCAGUGGGGCCUGUCCACUGCCUGCCCUCCAGUUCUGCCAGGAUGUGGCCUCCCUGCUCCCCCCAGGGCUGGUGAACGUGGUGCCAGGGGACCGAGACCACCUCACCCGCUGCCUGGCCCUUCAUCAGGAUGUGCCCGCCCUCUGGUAUUUCGGCUCUUCCCAGGGUUCCCAGUUUGUGGAAUGGGCUUCGGCUGGGAACCUAAAGGCAAUAUGGGUGAACGGGGGUCAGAGCCGAGCAUGGGAUCAAGAGCCAGAGGGGGCCGGACCCGAGUUGUGCCUUCGGGCAGCCCGGACUAAGACUCUGUGGCUGUCUUUGGGAGACAUCUGAGCCUCAAUUUCAUUCCUGCACCCCAGUUCUGUGGGGCCUCUGGGAGAAUCAAGCCAAAAGGCCCAGGGAGCCCAGGCUUGACCCCCAAUCGUGGCUUCCAGCUGAAUAAAUGAUCUAACUUAUGUCUAAUAUGCUUCUGAGGGGAAAGGAAUGGGCUGGGAACAGGGCAGGGAAGCUCAGAGGCUCCAAGAACUUCAAGGCCUCCUUCCUUGGGCAGCGGGGAGCCCCCCAUCCCUGCUCAGAGAUUUUCAGGGGGGACCCACUUCCCUGAGGGGCCACCUGUCCAUUCUUCCAACUGUGAAGAUGCUUCUCUUCUGCCUGCCCCUGCCACUGGCCCUCAAGACCCCUUGCACUCUUCAGGGUGCCCCCUGGUGCCAAGCCAAACAAACCUACUCCUGAGUUUCUGCUUCCUCCUGCAGGUUGAGCAUUGCUAGUUCCUAAAUCUCUGUAUGGCCCUUGCCCUGCUGCUAAGGGCCCUUCCUAAAAUGGGACCCUGAACAGCUCAAGGGGAAAGGGUUGUUCUUCAUGCUUGGGCUCUGGGCCAGAAGGCUCAAUGUGGAAAUCCAUUUUCCUCUGUUCCACACCCUGCCAAGAAGAGUUAGAGACUCACUUCCUAGGGGCUCCUUGGCCCCACCAUCCCCUCAAGCUCCAUCAAUGUCCAUGGGUCAUUCUAUGUCUUGGUUCAGCAGUCAUUAAGCGCUGGGCAUUGUGCUGAGCUUGGGGAUACCCACAAGGAUGAAGCUGUCCCUGCCCUUUAGGAACUCUCAUUCUAGAUGGGAGAGGAAGGGGGUGGCAGGUGAUGUGUUUCUAUACAAAGUAUUUGAGCUGAGCUCCAAAGGGAACUAUAGCCUCUAGAAGGCAGAGGGAAGACACUGCUAUAGUUGCAGGGAGGUGGGGCUUGCAAACACAGGGAGGUGGGUGAUGGGGAUGUUGGAGGAAAGCAACAAGGCCAUCUGGGCUGGGACACUGCCCGAAAGAAGAGUGAGGUGUAAUAAAGAUGGAAGAGCAAGAGCUGGAUCCAGUUUGAGAUGGAGUUGGGAGUUUUCAAGAAGUCUUUGUUGAAUUAAAAAGAAAAAAUUACUGUAAUUUACCCCAGGAUCCAUCACCUUCCCAGGAACUGACUCAUAGAACAAAUGCUGCUAUUUUUAAAACCAAAAAAAAGGGGAAAAAAUCAUUGAUACAAUAAAAAAGUCUAAAAACAA